AGAGAAGAGAGGUAAGUGCUUACUGGUAUAAUAAUAGUAUGUUGAGCGUCCGUUAAACGACAGUGGUAGGAGGCAGUGACAGACAGUAGUGCGUGCGUACAGCAGACACGAUAAAGGCCAAACAACCCCCAUAGAGCCAUUUAUCAAUUUUCACUUCCAAAAACUCUCUCACUCGCUGGUUUUUUUUUUUUUUUUUUUUUUUUCGCCUUUGAUUUUUCUCUUUGCAGUUUCUUGGCGCCGCAAAAAAUCUAUGUGGUGGUGUUGAUUUUGGUUGAGAUGGUGAUGAUUACUGCUUGGAUCACUGACCUCUUUGCUUUCAUGGGUUAUUUAACUUGUUUUAUAACAGAGCAGUGGUUGUUUUGGGUGCUGUAUGAAACCCACACCAAUUAUUGCUGUUGAUGAGCCAGCAAAGGGACUAAGAAUUCAGGGGCAGACAGUGAGAAAACCAACCAUAUCAGAUGGUUUCUGGAGUUCAAGCACUUGCGAUCUGGAUAAUAACACCAUUCUAUCUCAAAGAAGUAUCUCAUCUGUCAGUACAUUAAAUCAAAUUCUCUAUCAUAGCAAUGGAACUUCUACUGCAGGAACCAAUCCUGAAUUUGUAAACCAAGGUCUUCUUCUCUGGAACGAGAGCAGGCUUCAGUGGAUUGGAAAUGACAGAUCUAGGAAGCAAAACGAACAAAAACGAGAACCCAGACUAAAUUGGAAUGCAACUUAUGAAAGUUUGCUUGGGACUAGACAACCUUUCCCCAAGCCCAUGCCUUUAUCUGAAAUGGUCGAAUUCCUGGUGAAUGUUUGGGAGCAUGAAGGGAUGUAUGGUUGAGACUUGAGACGUUAAAAACGCUUAAGUUGCCUUUUAAGUUUAUUUGUAUUUAAACGCUGUACUUAACUCGUCAAAGGCUUUAGUGUACAGUUGUGCAGAGAAGAUUAAAAGAUCAAACACAAGUUUGAUCUCCCAUUGUAAUUUCAAACGCUAAGACAAUCAUCUUGUCUUUGCCCUCCUGUAAAUGGCUGUAUACUAUUUUCAAACUAAAAUCUGAAUGGCUGAAUGCAGAACUUGUUACUGUUACCUGUAAUUAUGCAUUUAUCUA